CCACCAACGACCUGAUGAUGGAACUGCAGAAAGAUUCAAUAAAACUGGAUGAAGACAGUGAGAAAAAAGUUGUGAAAAUGCUUUUGAAACUGCUGGAGGACAAAAACGGGGAAGUACAGAACCUUGCUGUCAAGUGCAUGUCUAAAUGGGAGUGUUCAUUCUAGAAAUGAGAUUGAAUGGGUCAGUUCACGCACAGGGCUCCAGAAAGCCUGGGCCCGCUGGUUGGCAAAGUGAAGGAGUACCAGGUGGAAACCAUCGUGGAUACGCUGUGUACGAACAUGCUGUCGGACAAGGAGCAGCUGCGGGACAUCUCCAGCAUUGGACUGAAAACGGUCAUCGCCGAGCUGCCACCAGCUUCUACAGGCUCCACCAUGACAGCAAAUGUGUGCAAGAAGAUCACAGCCCAGUUGACGGGAGCCAUUGGCAAGCAGGAGGAUGUCUCUGUGCAGCUGGAGGCACUUGACAUCCUGUCAGAUAUGCUGAGCAGACUGGGGGGAACUCUCUACUCUUUCCAUUCCUCCAUCCUGAACUGCCUCCUGCCCCAGCUGACGAGCCCCAGGCUGGCAGUACGGAAAAGGGCCAUCAUUGCCUUGGGCCAUCUUGUCCUGACCUGCAGCGGAAGCAUCUUCUCCGAGCUGACAGAGCAUCUGCUGACCGAGCUGAAGAGGAACGAGUCUACUUCUACCACCAGGACGUACAUUCAGUGUGUGGCUGGCAUCAGCAGGCAGGCUGGACACCGCAUAGGAGAACAUCUGGAGAAGAUAAUUCCUCUGAUUGUUCAGUACUGUAACGUGGAAGAUGAUGAGCUGAGAGAGUACUGCUUUCAGGCCUUCGAGUCUUUUGUGAGGAGGUGCCCAAAGGAAAUGGACCCUCACAUCCCUAAUGUGAUGGGGUUGUGUUUGAAAUACAUCACCUUCGACCCAAACUACAACUAUGACAAUGAAGAGGAGGAAGAGAUGAUGGACACUGAAAAUGGGGAGGAUGAAGAGCAAGAAAGCGAUGACGAGUACAGCGACGACGACGACAUCAGCUGGAAGGUCCGCAGGUCUGCGGCCAAGUGCCUGGAGGCCAUUGUCAGCAGCAGGCACGAUCUCCUGCAGGACUUCUACAGAACUCUUUCCCCAGCCUUGAUAAGCAGGUUCAAAGAGAGGGAGGAGAACGUCAAAGCCGACAUCUUCAGCGCUUACAUCUCCUUGCUGAAGCAGACGCUGCCCACCCAGAGCUGGCUGGCCACCUCAGAUGCCCCUGGCAAAGAUGACGUUCCCCUGACGAUGCUUCGGAACCAGGUCCCCAACAUCGUCAAGGCCUUGCACAAGCAGCUGAAGGAAAAGAGCAUCAAAUCAAGGCAGGGGUGUUUCAGCCUCCUGACGGAGCUGGCCAACGUUCUCCCUGGUUGCCUGGCAGAUCACAUCCCUGCGCUGGUCCCUGGUGUUGUGUUCUCCUUGGCCGAUAAAUCCAGCUCCUCCAACAUGAGGAUCGACACACUGUCCUUCCUUCACGUCCUUCUGUGCAACCACCAGCCAGAGGUAUUUCAUCCUCAUAUCAAAAGCCUGUUACCUCCUGUGGUGACCUGUAUUGGAGACCCCUUUUAUAAGAUCACUUCAGAAGCUCUGCUGGUUACUCAGCAACUUGUGAAGGUCAUCAGGCCUUUGGACAAAUCUUGUGCUUUUGAUGCCAAGCCCUACGUGAAGGACCUUUUCCCUGGUACUCUGAAGCGACUGAAGGCCGCUGACAUCGACCAGGAGGUGAAAGAGCGUGCCAUCUCCUGCAUGGGACAAAUUAUUUACAGCCUGGGAGACCAUCUAAGCACUGAUCUCCAGCCAACCUUGAAGAUCUUUCUGGAGAGGCUCAAAAAUGAAAUCACCAGAUUGACGGCAGUCAAGGCAUUAACCUUAAUUGCUAGUUCUCCACUUAAAAUAGAUUUGAGACCCAUUCUAGGGGAAGGCUUCCCCAUUCUCGCUUCCUUCUUGAGAAAGAACCAACGUGCCUUGAAGCUGAGCACCCUGACUGCUCUGGACAUCCUGGUGAAGAACUACAGCGACAGCCUCAAGCCUGCCAUGAUAGAGUCUGUCCUAGCGGAGCUCCCCGCUUUAAUUACCGAGAAUGACAUGCACGUGUCCCAGGUGGCCAUCGUGUUCCUUACCACCUUAGCUCAGGUGUAUCCAUCCUGCGUCUCUAAGCUCAGCGGGUCGGUUCUUGCUGAAAUCUUCCAGCUCGUCCACUCGCCUUUGCUGCAGGGAGGGGCGCUGAGCGCCAUCAUGGACUUCUUCCAGGCCCUGCUUCUGACCAAGACGGCCACCACGGGCUACUCGGAGCUGCUGAGGCAGCUCACGGCGCCCAUUCACUCCUCGGGUUCAGCCGGGGCGUCGGUGACGCUGCACAAACAGGCCUAUUACUCUGUGGCCAAGUGCGUGGCCGCCCUUUCCUCGGCCUGCCCGAAGGAAGCCGCUGCUGUAGUCACCCAGUUCAUCCAGGAUGUGAAGAGCCCCAAGGCCAGCCCUGCUGUUAAAGUGCUGGCGUUCCUGUCCCUGGCAGAGAUGGGGCGCACCACGAACCUCAGCGCGCAGAGAGAGCUCAAAACCGUCAUCCUGGAAGCCUUCACCUCCCCCAGUGAAGAGGUGAAAUCCGCGGCUUCCUACGCCCUGGGGAACAUCAGCGUGGGGAAUCUUCAGGAGUAUCUUCCCUUCAUGCUGAAGGAGAUCGAGAGCCAGCCCAAGAGGCAGUAUCUCCUGCUGCACUCUCUGAAAGAAGUCAUCAGCUCCUCCCCGGCCAACAGCCUCAAGCCCUACGUGGAGGACAUCUGGGCUCUGCUUUUCAAGCACUGCGAGUGCCCAGAGGAGGGGACGCGCAACGUGGUGGCCGAAUGCCUGGGGAAGCUGACUCUGGUGAAUCCUUCGGAGCUGCUGCCCCGGCUGAAGAAACAGCUCUCAUCAGACUCUCCCCACGCCCGGAGCACGGUGGUGACUGCAGUCAAAUUCACCAUCGCAGACCAGCCGCAGCCCGUGGAUGCUCUCCUGAGGGGCUGUGUAGGAGACUUCUUAAAAACUCUUCAGGAUCCGGACCUGAAUGUUCGCCGUGUGGCUUUAGCCAUGUUUAACUCUGCUGCUCACAACAAACCUUCUCUAAUCCGAGAUUUGCUGGAUGCCACUCUCCCCAGCCUGUACAACGAAACGAAGGUCAGGAGGGAGCUCAUCCGGGAGGUAGAAAUGGGGCCAUUCAAGCACACGGUGGAUGAUGGCCUCGAUGUGAGGAAAGCUGCUUUUGAAUGCAUGUAUACGCUGCUGGAGAGCUGCCUGGACCGGCUGGACAUCUACGAGUACCUGAACCACGUGGAGGAUGGACUGAAGGAUCACUACGACAUUCGGAUGCUGACGUUCCUCAUGCUGGCGCGGCUCUCCACGCUCUGCCCCGGCGCCGUCCUGCAGCGCCUCGAGACGCUGAUUGAGCCGCUGCGGGCAACCUGCUCCACCAAGGUGAAAGCGGGCUCUGUGAAGCAGGAGUUUGAGAAGCAGGACGAGCUGAAGCGAUCGGCCAUGAGGGCAGUCGCCGCUCUCCUCACCAUCCCCGAAGUGGAGAAAAGUCCAGCCAUGGCAGAGUUCUCAUCUCAGAUCAGAUCCAAUCCCGAGAUGGCCUCGCUGUUUGAGAGCAUCCAGAAGGAUUCCGCUUCCCUGCCUGCCUCGGAGUCCAUGGACAUGAGCUAAGGGAGACCUGCCCCUCUCCUGCCCCUCACCCAGACCCCGUGGACGGGCCGAGGGAGGACUCGCUGAGCCAGACUCUGCUGCGACUCCACCUGCAAGUCCCCGGGCUGGUUGCGCUGCACUGGCCUUGGAUACCUCCCCGGGUCCCAGUCCUGAGGGGAUGUGAGAGGAGGGAAGUGUCCCUGUGCUUUUCAGCCAGUUUUUAAGGGCUGUACAAAGCAAUCGGAACGGAGUGGGGUUCCAUGGAAAAUGGAAACUGCUUCCUGAAAUAUUUCCUUAUUGCAGUACAAAGAGUUUAAAAUUUAUUUUUUAACAUCUGCACAUGCACUUUCUACCCCAAAUUGCCUGAGGAAUGUAUUUAUAUUGUUUCACUAAAUAAUGUGGCAGAAAACUGCAGUCAGGUCUUUAGUUAGUGCCGAGCGUCGCACCCACAGCCCUGUGGGAGCCGGGGGGCUGUGGGGGGGCCCUUCUGUCCUGGGUUUCACACCCCAGACGGGCUCACACCCAGGGGCUGCUCCGGGCUGGCUCCCCUGACUCCCAUUUUUAUGGUUUUGCUGCAAAAUACCUCAACCCCGUCUUCCAGAGGAGCCGCUUACUGGAUGGCGUUAUGGUAACAAACCUCACACUCAGCUUUUCUCUGCGCUGACACCAGCUCCUCUCCCGGGGCUCGGCUCAGCCAAAGGCCCCCACCCCAAACACACAGCCCCACCGACCCUGCCUGGAGAGUGGCUGCUGUGUUCAAAUCCUGCUUUGCAGCAGUGAUACGCCUUAAGCAGCAGAGAGGGUGCAGCAGGAGGAGAACGCGGGGCCACCGCACCACACUUCUGGUAGUAUGGAGCUGUAAUAAGCUUUCAUUUUUCCUUUUCUGAUGAGUGGUUGAUGUGAAAAAUAUUUAUAAUGCUGUGUGAAAGAGCAUCCCUGCUGUUUGAGCAGUAUGGAAAAUAAAAAGUGCAC